AUGCUGGCGGCUAACACGGCGAGUCUUCAGGCGAAGAAGUCAAGCGCAGCAGAGUUCCGAGUAACAGAGCACGUCCGCGCGGGAUCUGUGCUAGACAGUCGAUCUUUGGUCUGUCCCAAGUCUCCAGCCCCGAGGCCAGAGAAGGUUUGCUGCUUGCGCGUGGCCCAAGUGUGCAGCCCAAGUGAAUACUUGGCCUCGCAGUUGGUCUUCGACUUGCACCGGUGGGCUGCUGCUGGCUAG